UUCACGCGUUUAUUACCUCCCCCUUCGUUGUCGCCAACAAAAGACGGUGUUAAGACUGUUAGAAUCUCGUAAAGUAACUCAAAGCAGCCAGUAACCAAAAUACAUACAUAUAAAUCAAUUCUUUGACUUGCAGUUGGCUUGCUAUCUCUAUAUUCUCUGCUUAGAGAGUUCCAUUUCACUUCAUUCAAUGAAUUCAUAUUACUAAUUACUGGUCAGAUUCUGUAAAAUGUUCGGUUCUAAGUCUGAUUAUCUGGGUGGCCAGAGGGACAAGUUUGCAAGGCUGGAUGACUUGGACUCUAGAUUAUCAUCACCAUCUUCCUCAGUUGCAAUGAACAAUUGUGGUUUUAACAUAGAAGGUUUAGGUCGUGGUAGUCAUGCGACAAAAACCCCAUCUAAAUCUUUUAAGCAGGGGAUGAGAAAAGGUUCUGAAGGACUUAAGUCCAUUGGCCGAUCAUUUGGCUUUGGCGUUUCUCGAGCUGUGUUCCCAGAAGAUCUUAAAGUUUCAGAAAACAAGAUAUUUGACCCGCAGGACAAAUUCCUCCUGUUGUGCAAUAAACUAUUCUUCGUUUCAUGUAUUGUGGCAGUGUCUAUCGAUCCACUGUUCUUCUACCUUCCAGUUUUUCAUAAAUCAUCAUAUUGUUUGGGUGUUGAUAGGAAGCUAGCGAUUAUUGCUACAACACUGCGCACAGUCAUUGAUGUAUUCUAUUUAAUACGCAUGGCUCUUCAAUUCCGCACUGCUUAUAUUGCACCCUCAUCUCGGGUUUUUGGACGAGGUGAGCUUGUGAUAGUACCUGCAGAGAUUGCCAAGCGAUACUUGAAGAGCUAUUUUAUAGUCGAUUUUCUGGCAGUACUGCCAGUGCCACAGAUAGUUAUCUGGAGAUUUCUGCAUACUUCAGAUGCAUCUGAUGUAUUGGCUACAAAGCAAGCCUUACUUUGUGUUAUAUUGCUUCAGUACAUUCCUAGGUUGCUGCGCAUCAUGCCAUUAACUUCAGAACUGAAAAGGACUGCUGGGGUCUUUGCUGAAUCAGCGUGGGCAGGUGCUGUAUACUACUUGUUGCUGUACAUGCUUGCAAGUCAUUUUGUUGGGGCUUUUUGGUAUCUGUUAUCUGUAGAACGUUAUGAUACAUGCUGGCAGAGAGCUUGUGAAGAUAGUGGAAGCUGCAAAACAAACUUUUUGUAUUGUGGAGAUCAGAACUUGCAGAGCUAUGAAGCCUACAAUAGUUGGGUCAACAUCAGCGAGUCCGUUAUUAAUGAAAAGUGUGGUGUAGAUGGUGAGGAUGAGCCAUUUGAUUUUGGGAUAUUUAAACAGGCUUUGUCAUCUAAUAUUGUUUAUUCUAAAAAGUUCAUUUCUAAGUACUGUUACUGCCUGUGGUGGGGACUACAAAAUUUGAGUACACUUGGCCAAGGACUUCAAACCAGCACUUAUCCCGGAGAGUCCAUAUUUUCAAUUGCGUUAGCCAUAUUUGGCCUCAUUCUCUUUGCUUUAUUGAUUGGUAACAUGCAGACAUACCUUCAGUCUCUUACUAUUCGACUGGAAGAGAUGAGGGUUAAAAGGCGUGACUCAGAGCAAUGGAUGCAUCAUCGCUUACUUCCGCAAGAUCUUCGGGAAAGAGUUAGAAGAUAUGAUCAGUAUAAGUGGUUGGAAACGCGAGGAGUAGAUGAAGAGGCUUUGGUCCAUGGCCUUCCAAAGGAUCUUAGAAGAGACAUUAAGCGCCAUCUUUGUCUGGCUUUGGUGAAAAGGGUUCCUUUGUUUGAAAAUAUGGAUGAGAGGUUGCUGGAUGCAAUUUGUGAGCGGCUGAAACCAUGUCUGUACACGGAGAGUACCUAUAUAGUCCGAGAAGGAGAUCCAGUUGAUGAGAUGCUAUUCAUAAUACGUGGCCGCCUGGAGAGUGUCACCACUGAUGGAGGGAGAAGCGGUUUUUUCAACCGCAGUUUACUGAAAGAAGGGGAUUUCUGUGGUGAGGAACUUUUAACUUGGGCACUGGACCCAAAAUCUGGUGUAAACUUGCCGUCAUCUACUCGGACAGGGAAAGCUUUGACAGAGGUGGAAGCUUUUGCUCUAACAGCUGAUGAGCUAAAAUUUGUUGCCUCUCAAUUCAGGCGGCUUCACAGUAGACAGGUUCAGCACACAUUUCGCUUCUACUCACAGCAAUGGAGGACUUGGGCUGCUUGUUUUAUUCAAGCUGCUUGGCGGAGAUACACCAAAAGGAAGAUAUUGGAACUUCGACGGAAGGAAGAAGAAGCAGAAGAGAUGGCCAACAGCAAUGCUAGUAGUGGUUCAUAUAGCCUUGGCGCAACCUUCCUAGCUUCUAGGUUUGCAGCUAAUGCUCUUCGUGGUGUCCACCGAAAUCGAAAUCUGAAGAGUGCCAGAGAACUGGUAAAGCUACAAAAACCCUCAGAACCUGAUUUCACAGCCGAAGCAGAUUAACCUGUAUGCCCCAAGUCUACCUUGAAAGAUGAUAUAAAAUCCUUUAUUGUCCUGACAUGCUUAAAGAAGUUAUAGGCUCUACCACAUGCAUUUGUGACCUGUGAGUUGUGAGUCUACACUCUAACUGCAUGAAAAUCCAUAGUUCAUGUAAAGAAUGUUGUUGACUAACUGCUAUUCCGGCAUAGAGAUAUAAAUUAUGUGAAUUAAGACUGAGACUUUAACUUUACUCAUUGAACUUAUUCUCUAUGUCAA